AUGCGCCCGCCAUGGUCGCAGCCAGGGACGUUUGACGCCGGUCUGCUCCUGUCAACAGUACUCCUAGCCAAAGUUCGCGCAGCCCCUGCCCUACUCUUACCUGACAACCAUACCAACACCACAGAGGAGCUUUCUGCUUUGGACGUUCUCUUACAGGCCGCUGACCCUUGCUACGAAUAUAAGAGUCGUCCGGUGGAUUACACGCCACCAAAAUGCAUCAACUCCGGCGAGAAUCACUGGACGAUGAUGUUUCUUGCUGUGAACGGCACCGAAGACUGCGAAAAGGCGCGAUCUGCGGUAGAAACACGACUCCAGGAUUUGCACAUCGGCCAGCACAAUGUUACUUGCAUCAAUUCGCCCUGCUCACCAAUGGUGCGACUGGACUUGAAGGUUCCGUCAGAAGCACUUGGUCCCAUUAACGACGCCCUACAUGAGACAUUCUCCCAGGUACCCUCAGGGGAUGAUGGUGUUUGUGUUCCUUUGAACUGCCUCGUGGGGACGGAGUGGGGACAAGAGAAGAACAUGACUUGUGCCACAGAGUUUGCAGAAAGCGUCAAAGUGGAUUUACGGCAGCGAAGCUCUUCAAAUCCUGACAAAAGAGCAUCAAACAUCACAAUGCCUCCCUUAACGGCCGCCUGCAAGCUCGGACCAUCGUGGUACUACAUGAGAAUCAAUGUCGACGGCUUAUCCGACGCAUGCAAUUGUCUCACGGAAAGUGUGGAGCAAGACCUUACUGGGAUCUCACGGAAACAGUUCAGAUGCACGCAGAGGAGCGAAGACUCUCUUGUCAAGGUGUGGUUCAAUGUCAGCGAAGAGAGCCGUAUCACGGAGUUCAACCAUGUUCUGCAGCAAACUCUUCCCGAUGUCAUGUUCGGAGAUCGAGGCCUAUGCAUACCGAAGAAAUGCUACACCGACGAAGAGGCAGGGCUAAGGAACAUGACGUGCGCUUACGAAGUUUUCAAUCAGCCAGUGAAGGUUGGUAACAUCACGGAGCGCAACCUUGGCGGCGAUGUGACCAGAUAUCACAACAAGAGGAACGACUCGGAGUCGACAGCACCAUCUCCCACUGAUCAGUCCAAAUCAAAGACUGCGCACUGUGAGCUCUUCAAGGACUUCUGGGACAUCUACAUCUUUGGAGGCUACGACAAUACCAUCUGCGAUCGUAUACAUGACCUGAGUAAGGAGAUGUUACCGAAAUAUCUUGCUCGGAAGAGUCUCACCUGUGGGUCCGUGGGUGGUGAAGGAAACGGUCAAAUAACCCUCCCAACCACGGAGCCAGAGCGGGCGAACACCUUCAACGAGGUACUCCAACAAGCCAUGCCUGAUGUCUCUUUCGGAGAAACAGGACUCUGCGUCCCACGAGUUUGCUACCAGGAUUUCAGAAGGGGCAUCAAGAAUAUGACAUGCGCUCAGAACCCACCUCCGCCCAGCAACAGUUCAUCACCAGGCGAAAGUCGACCAUAUGGGCAUAACAUGACCCAGUUCCCCAAGAUGCCAAACACUGCGGUAUGCACUAUCAACGAUUUCGCGAAGUUCAACCCCACUUAUCCAACCCUCGACAUUGACCCACGUGUGGACUACGAUAUCGGUGUCGGCGCACCGUUCUCAGAGGAUAUAUGCAAUAAUCUUAAGCAGAGGAUCAACGGUGAAGUGUCAGGAUAUGUCGUUGAUUGCAACAAAGCGGAACCCAUUGGUGUAGACAAGCUGAACAAGAUUGUGGAAGAAUCUUUUCCAGAUGUGGACUUCAGUGGCAAUGGUACCUGUUGGCCGAGUGAAUGCUACUAUGCGAACGGAACGUUCCAUGAGCGAAUUGGAGGGAGAAAGGCCGCCAUCAAGAUCUUGAACGAGACUUGCAUUGCUGGUCAGAUAUCGACGGUCAGCAACACACCUCAGGCUAAUCUGACAGAGUCUGCGGCCACUGGUACCAAUGGCACGCUGGCAAACACCACAGAGACAAACACGACAGAGAUCAUCAAACAAGGGGGUGUGAUUGUUCCAAGAACAUCAGACGAAGAGGCCCUCGCUAUUCUACCCAAUAGAAUGGAGCCAAAUACCGCCAUUUGCUAUGAUCGAACUGAAGCACAAGGGUAUGCGGUCAUUGUUAAAAAGCCGUGGUCUGCGGCCGAAUGCGCAAGAGUCGAACAAGAAUCUUCAGGCAUCGAUUUUUCCUGUGGGCCUGAUGGAAUCUGGACUGCCUAUCUUGAGGGUGAUACAGCGAUUGUGUACGAAUUCGAAGAGGCCGAUGAGAAGUACGACCAGAUCAACGAGAGGCUCCAGGCAGCCUACCCUGACGUGAAGUUUGAAGGUGCAGGUCUAUGCACAUCCCAGGACUGCUAUCUGCCAACAUUUGAUGAGGCCAUCUACGUUAGAAACAUGGCGUGUGGAGUCGGAUUGUCCGACGAUUCAAACGCAAGCGGGACAUCGUCCACAGGGACGGAUAUCGCGAACUCGACUUCCCCAGAGCCUUCAGUCAACAGCUCUCUUGCCCCACUGCCCGAUGAGCACAUUGCUCCGAAUACCGCGGUAUGCUUUGGCCAAGUGCGAACUGGUGGAUUCAUGGUCGUUGUGGGUAGACCCUUACCAGAGGGGGACUGUUUGCGACUCCGCCACGUCUUCGAUAUCGACGACGAGCUGGACCCAACAUUCCACGAAUUCGGAUGUGCGGAGGGUGCGGAGUGGACAUCACACUUCGAAGGCGAAGCGGUGACACAAGUCAUGUUCGGUUCCGGCUUAAUCUAUGACUUCAAUGGCAUCAAUGAAAAACUGGGGACAGCUUUGCCUGGUGUGAAGUUUGAAGGAUCCAACCUCUGUGCAAGACCGGAGUGUUACCUGCCAACAUCGGAUGAGCACCUCAGUGUCAGGAAUGUGUCCUGCGCAAUGACUGCGCCAGUCGAGCAGGCGGCCAAUACAACGCUCCCAGAGGAGGCGGCUAAUACAAGCUUGCCUGGCUCAGAAGCCUCUGGCAAUAGCGCUCUCGCCCCACUACCACCCAGAGUUAUUGCGCCAAACAGUGCCCUGUGCCUUGGUGAUGGUACUUCCGAUGGUUACACCAUUAUCGUCGACAAGCCACACGAACCCGUGGAUUGUGAGGACAUUGCAGAGAGACUAGCAAAUGGAAUUUUGAGACCCGAUGGAUGGGAAGUGGCAUGCUAUGACGCCGACAAUUCGUACCUGUAUUACUUCCAGGAGCAACCGGUACUCGAGAUAUCAGUCGGGAACCUGGAGUCGUGGGACUACGUUGAGCUGAACAAGAGGCUUAAGGAAGCACUACCAGACGUAGACUUCAACGGCUUGGGAGCCUGUGACGAUCGGACUUGCUAUUUGGAGACAUCCAUUUCUGUUGGUCGGGUUAGAAACACAACAUGUGGUGGUGGGACGGAACUCUUCUCGAAUGCCAACAGUACUUCAUCGUCGGAUAUCCCGGUCGCUUCACGGCCCAGCAUUAUCCAAGCGAGCACCACAGAGGCAAACACGACUCAUUUGAUCAAGCGAGAGGAUGUUCCAUCGCCGGAGACUCUAGCACCACUGCCCGAUAAGCACAUCGAGCCAAACACCGCAUUGUGCCUCCACGCAGGAGAAUUCUAUGACUACUCCAUCAUCGUGGGCAAGCCGUUCGAAGGCGCCCUUUGUGAAAGGAUUGAGGGCGCAUUGGCGGACGGUGGACUGUCGCUCAAAGACGAUACCGCUUGGAGUAUAGUCUGCCGUAGCAACAGGAUGAUGAUACCGGAUUACUUCAAAGAUGAGCCAGUGACUGCAAUUACUGUUGGCGAGAUUUCUUCUGGAGAGUACCGAGAGCUGAACAGAAAGCUCAGAGAGGCCUUGUCAGAAGUGAACUUUGAUCGAUUGGGUACUUGCGAGCAUCCGCGCUGUUACCUGCCUACAUCCGAUGAAUAUAUCUGGGUCAGGAACACGAGUUAUGGUCAUGGUGUUGAUGAGCUUCCAACCAUCGGGAACGUGUCGUCGGUGGGCGAGCUUGCUGAUCUGCCAGACAAACAUCUCGAAGCGAACCGGGCCAUCUGCUGGAACGAGGGCACAGAAUCUGGCCAAUACCGUAUUACUGUCGCAGAUCCAUUCGAGGCCGAGAAAUGCAAGAAGGUCCAGGAAGUCAUCAAUAGUCACUUCCCAAAAGAAGUGAUACUCGCUGGUAGUUCCAGCAUCUCAUGUGUCGAGCCUGGCGCUGACGACUGGUUCAAAGACCAGAGGGAGGAGGUCACGGUGCUUUACACCACCCUCAACGACUCGAAUGUGCAAGCUCUCAACAACGGUCUGUGUGAAGCUUAUCCCGACAUUGACUUCCCACCUUUCGGCCUUUGCGCUCCCUAUCACUGCUAUGACCAAACUUUGGAGCCUCGCAUCAAGGUCGAGAACAUAACAUGUACGGCUGAUGCACUGGAAGCGCUACGGAAGAGGACGCAUAUGCCUUUGCUGGCGAUUGACCUCAACGGCACGCUGAUCCUGGAAUCUGGUCGUGCUGCAAGUGUCACGGCGCAGAACAGUGCGAGUUUCACAAUCUCCGAGCCAACAUUAGCUGUCGAGACCGUUCCCGCUGCUGGUUCCAUCAACAUGACCGUACCGACACCAGUUACAUCCUCUGCAGCUGUGACCGGUAUCACCCCCAUCGGGACUAUAUCCCUGGUGUCAGCGUUUAUCUCGACGAUCUUGUCUCCUUCUGGCGGGACUGGCACGAUGUCCACGUCAUCCUUUUCGACGUCCUAG